AUGAGAUUCUCCUUCCUCGCCGCCUUCACCCUCAUUACUACUGCUCUUGCAGCUCCCCAGCAACAGGGUGGUGGUAGCGUUCAGAAGACCAUCCCUAUCGGCGCUCCCUGCAAAAAGGACGGUACCAUGGGUGUCUGCGACGGAGGGUUCUGCUUGCAAGACGAGAAGGCCGAUCAGGGCGUCUGCAAGGCCCAGAACUAA